AUGUUAACCUCACCUGAAGUAAAAAGCAAAUACUUUAAAGCAGAUAUUAAUCAUGACGUGACCGCGUUUCAAGGCAACGUGUUUGGAACUACAGUUGCUACUGAAGCCUUUGCUAAUGAAAAUUCUAUUCUCAAAAAUACCUUCUCUGUUAAGCAAAAAGUAUUGACCUUCGAGGAAAGACGUUUAAAGAAGAAACGGAUGCUUGCGUCAAGCCCGAAAAAAACUGUUGAUAAAAAUUCAUAUUCUCCCCUAUCGGAUUGUUCAGUGCAAAGUCAAAUUAACGACGUGUCGGCACCAGCAAUCACUAUUAUUGAUUCGAAUAAUGUAGAAAAUACAACGCAAUAUGCCUCAGAGCAAGUUGACGUGAAUAAAGUAAUAUCCAGUACCACUAGCCUGGAUUCUCGACUUGCAAUAUCGAAUUCAUCUAAUUCAGAUUAUUCUCAUGAAAAGAACAAUCUAUCACCAAUUCAGCAAAAGUCAGCUAAUGUAUAUCAAAAAUUCAAAAAUCAUGACGAUCCAAAAGAUAAUUCGCCGCCAAUCAUCAAAAAAUCUGCAACAACGUCAAAUCGUCGUGUUAAGGAUGAUCUUUUACAGCCUUGCCUGUGUGUUAUAUGCGGUAAAGAUCUUACAAAUUUUAAUAUCGUUACGCGAGAAACACAUUUAAAUAGGUGUCUUGAUGACAUUGAGGAGCAAGAAAAGCAGCAAACUAUGUUUAUUGAUAAUGAUUGCUCAUGGUUCUCCCUUGUCACAAAUUGCCCAUGUUGCCUAAAAAGCUUUCCUGGUAAAAAUAAAACCGUGAAAAGUAAAAUCACACAUAUUAAAAGGUGUGGCAAUAAACAAAAAUUUUCUGCAACAAAAAUACUUUCUUUGUUGAAAGAUAUGAAACAAAAGUUAGCCACUAUAUCCGUACCUGUUUUGACAGAAAAGUCGACGAUGUACACUAAAGACACACAAUUAACUGAUUAUUUUACCUCUGCACCAAAAGAGAAAUCCGUUGUUGCUGCAAAAUCAACGACUAUUGUUUCACAGUCAUAUACAGUUUCUGCUCUCGAGGGGAUUGACCAGGAUGAUGAUUUCAAAAGUAAUGUUAUUAUUACAUCUGUUUCAACAAUUGAAAAAAUCGGAAAAAGAAAAUUUAGUGAAGACUCCGAUGAUGACUUUAAGGUUGCAAAAGUUUUGUCAAGAUCCAUGAUGCCUCAAUAUAAAAAUCAGAAAAAGAGAAUUGUGUACGAUCUUAAUACUACACCUAUUCUCGCACCAGCUGAAAGUAUAGAAAAAGCGCGAAAAAGAGCCAAGAAAAUGUUUUUCGACAAACCUACUAUUCAUGACAUUGUUGAAGGUUACCCGCUUACAUCCUCACUUUGUCCAAGCGGUAUUGCGAGACAAAAUGAGUAUCAAUUCAUGGAAUUAGAUGGGGGUAAUGAAAAUGGAAAUGGUAUUAAACCUGAUGCUUCCAGAAAGAAACCAACGUCUUUAUGGGAAAUACAAGCUCUUGGCGGACCUGAUAACCCAUUGUCUGAUGAUGAUUAUAUGACUGAUAUGUUAAAAGAGUGGGUCUUCAAAUAUGAGCCACAUAAAUUGGAUCAGUACCAUUUACAACCUUUUAGAAAGCGAUAUGAAAUGUGCGAUCGUUGUGUGAACAAAUAUUGGGGAAGAUUACAACCCGAAAAUGAAGAAAGAGAUGAAAUGAUUGAAAGGAUUUACUAUUUUUGGCGUUAA